CCAAAGUGUUCGCUGAAUGAAAUCACUCAGUUUGUUUUUUUGGGGCGCCCUGGUUCGCUCCCAAAAAUAUAGAGAUAUAGAGAAAUUAUAAUGGCAUUGCCGCUUCCCCCAGGUCUGACUCCUCCAGAGGUAGCGUUCCUCUGCGAAAUGGAGCUGGUCACGGUGGUGCCCCGCCAGAGGCUUGAAGGACUCGAAUUGCUUGGCGGCACAACACCCGAGCUACGCCCACCGUAUCGCGCCGUGCUGCCGCUCUGGCUUGCACUGUUACUGAAGCGCCAACGCCGCGCCAAUAUUCUUCCGCCGCCAUGGCUACACCCUUCGUCGCUGGACACAAUUCUUCGUCUCGAGACAGAAGUGCACAAGGAGACUUUCUCGCCACCGCCGCUCUUUCCGCCAAGUAACAACAACCUACACGAAACGAGGAGCGCGCCCUUCUUGCCCUCGUGCACUGCGGACGCGGCAGCAGAUGCGCUGCCCUACCACUGGCUAGAAGUAGGAGAGAUCCUGCUGGACGCGGCGCCGGAUGACUUGGUCGAGCCGGACACUGUGCGGCGGCUGAUGCGGGAUCUGCGAGAAGUGCGCAUGGCCAAGAUGCGCGCUGGCGUGGCGGUGCUGGAUGGAGGCGCCGUGGUGGGCUUGAAAGGCGUGGGGGGCAUGGAGGUGAGUGAAGGACGCGCAUUCAUUUCUGGAGUCAUUGACAAUUUGAGGAAAAUCGGCGCCUCAAGAGAACAGAGCCGUCGCGAAAGAGAGGCUGAAGAAAGAGAAAACGGCUACGAUGAUGCCGAUGAAGAUGAGGAUAUGGGUCUCUGAUGAAAUGGC